CGCAGCACACCCCCAAGCUGCGCGGAUCACGAGCGAGACCCGCUGACCUGCGUGGAGAGCGCGACUGUGCGAGCCUUAAAACUCCUUGACAACUCCACCCGCGCUGGUCAGCGUGCCUGUCGAGGAGUGUUCUUCACACACUCCCACUCACGUUUCGUUACUUCGGUGUAGUCACAGUUGAAAAGUUAUACAUUAUAUUAUUUAGGUAACGUUUAUUAACCUUGUGCCUUGAGGAUGGAUAUGGUGAGGUUUGUGCUAAGUUUGCUGCUUGCGAGCGCGGCGGUUCUCUUGGGCUUGACCAGGGCUUCAGAAAUGCAAGUGAUUGACAUGCUGGAGCUGCACGAUGCCAGGCAGAGUGCGUCCGCGGUGGGAAAGAUGUCGGGGGCUCUGGGCUUCGUGUCGGACCUUUACCUGGUGUCAACUCUUCGUCUGCCACCCAAACUGGGAGGAGUGCUGUUGGGAGUCUACAACAAAGGCGACAACAGGAAGUACCUGGAGGUGGCCCUCAUGGGCAAGGUCAACAAAGUUCUGGUGCGCUACGUACGCGAGGAUGGUAAACUCCACACAGUGAACCUCCAGAACCCCGGCCUCUCCGAUGGACGCACCCAGUCACUCAUCCUCCGUGUGGGUGGGCUCCAACGAAACCACCUCCACAUGGAACUCUAUGUCAACUGCCGAUUGGCUGACUCAGCACAGGUCCUGCCAUCCAUGGUCCAGCUCCCAGCCGAGGCAGAGUCUGUGGAGAUACGCAACGGGCAGAAGGCCUAUGCCAGGCUACAGGGCUCAGUGGACUCUUUGCAACUGGCUUUGGGUGGCUCCAUAGCCAAAGCAGGAAUCCUUACCGACUGUCCGUUUCAGGGGGAUACAAAUUUUCAGAAUUCAGUUAGCGCAGAUGUCAAUGCCAUUCUGGGUGACCACACCAAGGCUUUGAUUGGCCAGCUGAUCAUCUUCAACCAGAUUCUUGGCGAACUCCGAGAGGACAUCAGGGAACAGGUAAAGGAGAUGUCUCUGAUUAGGAACACUAUCUUGGAGUGCCAAGUGUGUGGCUUCCAUGAGACCCACUCUCGCUGCGAGCCCAACCCCUGCUAUAAGGGCUUGGCCUGUACAGAGACCUGGGAGUACCCAGGGUACCGUUGUGGUGCCUGCCCAGACGGCAUGACGGGGAAUGGUACCCACUGCCAGGACAUUGACGAGUGUGCUCUAGCCCGGCCCUGUUUCUCGCCCGAGGGGUGCGUAAACACGGCAAAGGGCUUCACCUGUGAACCAUGUCCCGUCGGCUUCUCAGGACCCCUCCUUAGCGGGCUUGGGGUGGAGUUUGCCAAGAGCCACAAGCAGAAGUGCACAGAUGUGGAUGAGUGUGCUGACCUCUCCAAGUCCUGCGUGCCCAACUCUGUCUGUAUCAACACAGAGGGCUCGUUCAGGUGUGGUCCGUGUAAGGAGAGCUUCGUAGGCAACCAGACGGUGGGCUGUUUCCUGCGGAGGUCCUGCGCCACGCUGGGCUUCAACCCCUGUGACGUCAACGCCCACUGUGUCAUAAAGGGUGCUGUCAGGGUCUCCUGCGAGAACUCGGACACAGACUCAUAUGGGGACACGUGUGACAACUGCCCCAACGUUCCCAAUGGAAGCCAGAAGGACACAGAUGGAAACGGGGCUGGGGACACCUGUGACAAUGACAUUGAUGGGGAUGGUAUCCCAAACGUGCUGGACAACUGUCCCAAGGUGCCCAACCCUAUGCAGACUGACCGUGACGGGGAUCGAGUGGGGGACGCCUGUGACAGCUGCCCGGAAGUCAACGACCCCAUGCAGUCUGAUAUAGACAACGACCUGGUGGGAGAUGUGUGUGACACCAACCAGGACAUGGAUGGGGAUGGCCACCAGGAUUCAAGGGACAACUGUCCAGACGUCCCUAACAGCUCCCAGCUGGACUCAGACAAUGACGGCAUCGGCAACGAAUGCGACGAUGACGACGACAACGAUGGCAUUCCAGAUGCGAGACCUCCCGGGCCAGAUAACUGUCGUCUCAUCCCUAACCCCAGCCAGACAGACACUGAUGGCUACACAGCCUUUAACGGGGUAGACUUUGAAGGGACGUUCCACAUCAACACAGCCACAGACGAUGACUACGUGGGCUUCAUCUUUGGUUACCAGGACUCGUCCAGCUUCUACGUGGUCAUGUGGAAACAGACGGAGCAGACCUACUGGCAGUCGCUGCCUUUUAGGGCCAUGGCUCAGCCAGGCCUGCAACUAAAGGCAGUGAAGUCAAGUACGGGUCCAGGCGAGUACCUCCGGAACGCCCUGUGGCACACGGGCGACACCCCGGGCGAGGUCACCCUGCUGUGGAAGGACCCCCGGAAUGUGGGGUGGAGGGACAAGACAUCCUACCGCUGGCACCUCAGCCACCGCCCGCAGGUGGGCUACAUCAAAGUGAAACUGUAUGAAGGCAUGACAUUGGUGGCAGACUCAGGCGUGCUGGUGGACACCUCAAUGAGGGGCGGGAGGCUGGGCGUCUUCUGCUUCUCCCAGGAGCAAAUCAUCUGGUCCAACCUGGGCUAUCGCUGCAACGAUACUGUACCAGAGGACUAUGAGUUCUACCGCAAGCAGAUCCAUAUCAGGGUGUGACUGUGAGCCUAGCACAGCAUCUGUGCAGAUACACUACAUUACCUGUGCCUUUACUGUGUCCUGUGUGUCUGUGUGUGUGCAUAUACAUGCAUACUUGUGUGUUUUUAAGAUACAUUUACAUUUACAUUACAGUGGUGCUCUUUCUGUCUUUAACCCCACAGCAACCUUACACCUGACUACAGGUUGGCCAAGUCAAGUUAAAGAUUGAUUGACAAAAUAAUAGCUUUUAAUAUUAUUAUAUAAAAUGAGUUAAAGAUUGAUUGACAAAAUAAUAGCUUUUAAUAUUAUUAUAUAAAAUGAAGAAUGAAAGCUAUACUGGACAAAAAUGUUAACGCAAAAUGCAACCGUUUCAAAUAUUUUACUUAGUUACAGCUCAUAGAAGGAAAUCAGUAAAUUUUUAUUAAUUAAUUAGGCCCUAA